AUGACACAAAGUCCUAUCAAAGAAACUAUGAUUUGUGCAAUAGAAGCAAUAAAUAGUAUUGCAUUAAGAGAUGAUACAUUAAAUAUCUUAAGUAACAAAGUUGAAGAUAUUGUUAAAAGAAUUCAAGGGAUAGAAGGAGAGGGAUAUUCAUCUUUAAUGCUUUUACUUACUAAUAUGGGAAGAACUGAUGAAACAAUUAGAAAAUAUAAAACAUAUAAAGUAACUGAACAAAUAAUAGAAUAUAUUAAAAUACAUCCACAUGAUGAACGUGCAUUGCUUAUGUCUUUAUCAGUAAUUAAUUCAAUAUCUGUACUUCAUGAAAAUAGAGACUAUUUAACAUUUGAUCUUAAUAUUUUUGAAGUACUUAAUGAUUGGUAUAAUGUCUCAACUAACCAAGUCAUUAUCUUUAAUAUUCAGCAAAUUAUAUCUCGUUUAAUUUUAAAUUCAUCCCUUCGUGCUGAACAUUUUAUGAAUCUUCCAACUGCUAUUAAUAGUAUUAUAGAAACAGCUGGAUAUACCGUUCGACUAAUAAAAGAGAAAAGAACUCCUCAAACUUCUACAAGAGAAGUAAGAGAUGUCAGAGUAGCUUAUGAAGCAACAAGAAUACUCUGUAAUUUGAUUAAUUUUAAAAGUGAAUAUGCAAAUACUAUCAUGAAAGAUCCUUAUGUCAUAUAUGCCAUUCUAGAUUCAAUUCAUUCGCAUUAUCAAAUCUUGAAAGAUGAAGGAAAUUAUGCUUUAAAUCGCUUGAAACAAUAUGAGAUUAUAACUGAUGAUGAUAUUAAGAAAGCUGAAGCAAGUCGUAUUUGA